AUGAAAUAGGCUGAAGCUUUAUCAUAGAAAUAUAUGAAUUAGUCAAUAGAACCAGUUAAAAUUGAUAGAAAAGAUAGUGAAAAUUAGAGUGCUCAGUAAAAUCAAAUUUUAAAGCAUCAGCAAAGGUUAAAGAAGAAAAACGGAAUGAGUAGAGCAGAAUUGAUCUAAUAGUAGAAAGAAAACAUCAAUCAUUUAGAUGUUGGUAUAUCAGAUGCUAUAACUUAUGAUGGAGAAAAUUAUAACUCGCUGGAGUAGUUGCAAAGUCAGUUUGAGUAAAAAAGAAAGUCAUCUUUAAACACAUCUUUAACACCUAGCCAGUUGAAAUAGAAAUUAAACUAGAUAAAUUCUAGUCAAUAUUAGGCUUUGUCAAAUGAUCCAACUUUCUUUGACAAUGGUUCUUCACUGAAAAAGAAGAGACAACGGAUCGGUUCAAAUAAUAAAUAGGCUAGAAAGCAUCAAGCUCUUCAGGCAACAAUUGCCUCUCAUAGACUCUAUACAGAUAACUUCCAUAAGAUGCAGAAAAUAGAGGAAAUGAAGUAAAAGACUAUGCAAAAAGAGAUGUAACAGAUGAGAGCACCUGAGAUCAAUAAAAAAUCUCUUGAAAUGGUCUUCUAACAAAAUAUGUAGCCUAUCUAAAAUAGAUGUAAAGAAAUUUUAGAAAGUAAGGAGCGCAAGAGAAAAUAACUAGAAGUGAUUAUGGCUUAUGAAAAUGCGAUUAAAGAUCCUGAGAACAUCAAUCCCCAGUUUAAGCCAGAUUUAACUAUUUCUUAAGAAACUGUGACUAAGAAUUAUAAUGGUGGGUUCAAUGGCUUUUUAUAAGAGAUGAAUAGAUGGAAAGUCAAAAGGGAUAAAAAGGUUAAUGACAUUAAGAAGGAAACUCAAGAUUUAAAAGGCUAUAACUUUAAGCCAGAGAUUAACUAGCAAUCCCUUAAGAUACUUGAGAAUAAGAGAGCUAGCUAAUAAUCCUAGUUAAAUCAAAGCAAGAGUUAACUUAGUAUGAAUCAUUCACUUUCUAAAUCAACAAUAAAUGAAUCAUAGGGGAAGUAUAAAAUGCCAACUCCAAUUUAAUAGCUUAAAGAUCAUAGUAAAAAGGUGAAGCGUAAUUCAUCGUAGGAAUUCCAAUUAAGAACUACUAAAAGAGCUUUUGAUAAACUAGCAUAGGACACCUCUUAAUCAUAACUAACAAUUCCUAAGAGGGAAUCUUAAACUCGUGAAAGAUCUCAAAAAAGUAUAGGGGCUUCAUCAAUAGAUGAAGAAGAAAGAAAGAUUAAGGAAAAAGCAGCUAAAUUUGUGGAGAAACUAACAAAGAGCAUUAUAGAUUAAACUAAGGUAAAUAUUGAGAUGAAGCAAGGCUCUUAAAACAUGGAUAUGUUUAUGAGAGAUGUUUAGGAGAACACUUUUGGGUCCAAGGCUAUUACAACAAGAGCACUUAUUGAGGACUCAGCACCAAAACUAAGAUAUUCAAAUGAACUUACAAAAUAUCUCCAAUAAUCAUAGGAAGACAACUUCUUAAUAUGUUAGCAGUAAUCACACUACUAGGUCAAUUCAAUCGGAAUAUAAAUAAUCACUAAGUAACUAGAGAUAAGCGUAAAUUCAGUCUCAGCAUAUGUUGAUUCAUGA